CAUAGCAGCGUUUUCCAAUACUCACGAGCGCACACGCACACAGAAGAUGGAGUACAGCAAAUUCAGCCGUUUUCACGAUUCUCUAACACAGUUUAAAUGUUACGAGGAUUACCUGGACUCAAAAGUCACGCCACUGGAUCUGUUUUACUUUAAACAGAAGGAGUUGGCCCUUAAGCUGGUGGAACACGGCCACAGGGGCACGGUCCUGAGCAGGGAGGAAUUUGAGGAGAGGAAAGCAGCUGUGCAGGCUGCAGAGGCUGCAAAGAGCAACGCUUUCUACGACAGGAGCCGGCCAGUGACACUGGCAAGUGCAGGAAAAGAACUCAAAGAUAACUUCCUGAAAGCCCUGGCAGAGCGAGAGGAGGCCAACCGCAGUGGGAAAAUGACUUCGGUCAUUUUCAUAAGGGAUCAUAAUACUCUUGGACAGGAAGUAUCUGGCUAUAUAGACUACACCCACAGACUCAAGACCCAAGAUUUUGAACCAUAUUUCAGUGGAAAGAAGAGGCUCAUGCCAGCACGCUCAGAUUUAUGCUACUACAACUGGAAGACGCAAGUGUCCACUUCCAACUCGAGCCCAAACUUUGAGGUGAUUUAUGACGACCCUAACGGCCUUCUCUUUAAGAACAAGAGGGACAAAAAGAUUCUGAAUUUGGACCCUUUGUCUGGUCCUGGCGAGGACUCCAACAGGACAUUCCUGCAGUCGGACAUCUACAUCCAUGUUGUCAUCUACGACCACAACGUCAGGACAGUCUAAACUUCACAGGCCGUCGCCAACACUUGCAUACAUAUGGCACAUAUUGGAGAGCACUGGAAGCCUCUAAUUUGACUGAGUUGCUGUAGUUGGACCAUCAUUUACACUGUUCCCCUCAUAUCAUGCAUGCCAUCUGGGUGGAGGUGUUGUAGUGGAGAAAAAAAGGCUUUAAACUGAGGAAUCCCAGAGGAUGAAGUUGAUGGACUCGUGUGACAACUUGGAAGUUUCUUUGCAAAUACUCUGGGGUUUUAUGUCUAACUUUGGCCUUAAAUUGUUGCAUCCAGGUCGGGAUUGACUGUGCUUUUGGCACUUACCCAAGCAAGCAGAGUUAGUUAGGGGCAAGAACCUGCUCAGAGACCCCAGGCUCGUAUCAUCAUUUGGUCUGGCAUGUUUUGGGCUGUUUGUCUAAACAAAUUAAAGGCGUAAGAGCUUUGAAAGAUGAUGGGGGUUGCUUUCAUGUCCUCCCCCAGGCUGCGGUAGCUCCAAUUGGACUGGAAGAGUGGGUAAUGGGCUUAAAGCAUUCCGUAUGUUUCCAGAUGCAAGGCACACGUUACGGGACAUCAAAGUGCCCUAUCAUUUACAUAUUAGUCAUUCACUAUGACAUUUUUAAAUUAUUUUCUCAGAGGGCUUUUGGUAACUUAAAUCCCUUUAAUUUCAGGAUUAUUAUUUGUUGUUUUUUGUAACAGUAUCUAAAUCUAGAAGUUGAGUCUUUAUUAGUUCAUAAAUUUGCUUUCUGUACAUUCUGCUGACUCAAUGUCUCUGCAUGUAGAAAAUUUGGGGGGAUAGCAGUAAUGCUGCUUCUCAGACUUAUCUACCUCUGUUUAUUGUGUUUAGUCCUUUUUUGGACUAAACACGUUCACUGGGCGAGAUUUAGGGUGCACCCUGGACAGGUCAUCAGUCCGUCACAGGCCUAACAGAGGGACAGUCAACCACACACUCUCACAUCCACACCUACAGCCAAUUUGGAGUCACCAAUUAACCUAACUAGCAAGUCUGAGGGUAGAAGACUACCCAAAGGACACCCGUGUAGGCACAGUGAUAUGCAAACUCCACACAGAGAGGCCUCAGCCAGCCAGGAGAUUCAAAUCAAAAACCUACCAAAGGUAAGUAACAAAUAAUGAACACAUUAAAUCUUGGUUAAUUAAUCCAGACAUGCACGCAUAAAUAAAUAAAUGGCUAGGGGUUAGGAUUGGGGUUUUAUGAGUGGCUGUUCUGAACCUGUAUCUGAACAUUUAUCUGCUGCACAGACGUGCAAGUGGUAUCAAUCUUUUCAUCUAAAUCAAAUAAGCUUAUUUCCUUAACUGCUGAGCCUUUAAGCUCACACUGUCACCUCCACAUUUUAUCUCGCCUUUAUAUUAAUUUUCUCAUUACUAAUCUAUCACCUGUUUUUCCCCUGAAAGUCACAAGCUUCAAACAAAUUAGUUCAUUCUAAUACAAACGUCUAAUGUUUCUCAUCUGGCUUGAUACCAGAGAAGCAUUCCACUUGCUGCAUCUGUUUGUUUUCACCGAAUUGGACCCUGUUGUCCUCAUUGAAAUAAUAUGUGUGGUGACAAGGCUAUUUGGGCUGUGGUUCUGUAAAAACUGGGGUUAGGGAAAUGACGGUCUGGUUUGGGGUUGUUAAUCAUUACUGUUCUUUUGUUUUUCCUUCCCUUUUUUAAAGACGAUAGGAGUUCUGGGCCUGUUUUUGUGGUUAUCGUGAGCAAAGCUGGUGAAAAGUCUGAUGGAGUUAUAAAAGUGACACAGAUGGGAAUGUAGGAUGUGCCUAUUUUCAGUCUUUAACAUGUUUUCGUGCAGUUUUAUGUAUUUUUUUUAUCAUCUAUUUGUGGUUGCUGGUGUGUAAACUGAUCUUAAACUGUUUCUUUGUUUCUUGCUGAAACUACAACCUAAGUAGCAGAAGUAUAUUCAGACCUGGUUUCUCUGUUGACUGCCUUGUUGAACAGCAUAUUUAACCUGAGUGCAGCGCAUGUUGUAAUUGAGAAACCUUCCACCUGCCUGUCUCACUACUUGGUUAUUUGUUGUUGUUGUUUCUGUUUUCAGUUUGGAGAUUUUUUUGUAAUUGUGUUUGGAAAUGAGAAGUCAGGCAGCAAAUGAACACUUCACCCUCAUCUACAGCUGUUUAGGUUUACAGGCCACGGCUCAUUUAUGUGGCCAGGUAACGGCGAUGGAACUGGCUGCUUUAUUCUCUCUCCCACCCUGAAAGUUGCAUCAGUCAUUCCAAAUACCUUCCAAUGAAAACAGCAGAUGUGCACAAGACGGGAAAAAGGCCAUCUAAAACAAACAGGCAAACAAGUGCACUGCAUCUGAAAUGCAUUGGUUGUUCUUUGAAUGCCUUACCUCUGUAGAAAACAGCAUUUAAAAUGAUUACUGGAAUCCACCCAGAUCAUGUGUCUGCAAACAGGGAUGAUUUCACAAUAAAGUCCAGGUUAAACAGUAA